CCGUCUGACCAUCAUUUACAGUAUGGCUCAUCCUUCUCUUCUCAUCGCUGUUUUAUUUUGCACUGCAGGAACUCUGAGCAUGAAGACUUUAGAUCGUGUGCCUGUAAUAGAAGGAAAGACUAUUACAAUCCCUUGUCUGUAUGACAAUAAGUAUAAAUUAAACAAAAAAUACUGGUGUAAUGGGAAUACUUGGCUUGGUUGCUCAGUUGUAGCUUAUGCAAACCAUAAAGGGAAAUGGACAAUAACUGAUUAUCCAGAUCACAAUAUUUUUACUGUUACACUCAACAACUCAACAUCCUCAGACUCUGGACAUUACUGGUGUGCUGUGGAGAUUGACAACCAUGUAGAUAACAGUAAAUAUUUGUAUUUAACCGUUCAAAAAGCUCCUGAUGUGUCUGUGUUGAGCAGCAGUGUAUCUGGACAUAAAGGUGAUGAUGUCAGUGUCCGGUGUUUCUACAGGUCUGCAUAUAAGAAUAAACUCAAACAGUGGUGCAGAAUCGAUGAUCUAACAUGUUUCAGAGAGAAGAAGACUGACACAUCCCAGAAUUCAUCAGUGCAGAUCAGUGAUGAUGGUGAAAGCUCCUUCACUGUGCUGAUGACUGGACUGAGACUCUCUGAUUCUGGAUGGUAUUUCUGCUCUGUUGGAAAUCUGCAGGUUCCUGUUCAACUUACAGUACAUCAGGGAGAAAAUAAAAACAAAAACACAUGUAAGUCAUUUAUACAGUUACUUUCUGAAAAUAUAAAAUGCAUCUAUUUAAAAUUGGUGUCCUAUCUUUAUAAAACUAUACACACAAAUAUUGUAUGUUAAUAACAAAUUAUAUAUUUAAGUAUAUAUUCUGAUGUGUGUGUGUGUGUGUGUGUGUGUAUGUGUGUGUGUUAUAUUAUUUUGUAUUAUGUUGAUAAUAUGAAUAUAUAAAUAAAUGACGACCUUUGAUAUAGAAGGGA